ACAUAAAUACAUAACCUAUCCGACAUUGUUUCGCAAUAAUUCGGUAACGCGUUAAAGUGUAUAACGAAUACUUUUUUGUAAUAAAAUAUUUAUAUAAAAUAUUAUUGACGGAAAGAAAUUUGAUAAAGAACAUGGCAGUAGUGAUAGAAACCACUAUAGGAGAUUUUACAGUAGAUCUCUAUAUCGAUGAACGUCCUCAAACUACGCGGAACUUUUUAAAGUUGUGCAAGAUCAAGUACUAUAAUUGGAAUCUUUUUCAUUCGGUGCAUACUAAUUUCAUUGCACAAACCGGAGAUCCUACUGGUACUGGGAAAGGUGGAGAAAGUGUGUACGGAAUCGUAUUGGGCGAAAAAGCUCGUUAUUAUGAAGCCGAGCAUAUGCCAAAGAUUAAACAUAACAGGAUAGGUCUGUUAUCUAUGGUGAAUUGUGGCAACAAUAUGCUGGGUUCCCAAUUUUUUAUCACGCUAGGACCGGAACUCCAGUCUUUGGACAAUGAGCAUUGCGUGUUUGGAGAGAUCACAGAGGGAUUGGAGAUUAUUCUCAAGUUUAACGAGGCUAUCUGCGAUGGCGAUCAAAGACCUUAUCAAGACAUAAGAAUAUCUCACACUGUCAUCUUGGAGGAUCCGUUCGACGAUCCUGUGGGACUCGUGAUUCCCGACAGAAGCCCGGAGCCGACAAAAGAAGCUUUAAUGAGCGACAGAAUUGGAGCGGAUGAGGCAAUCGACGAUAUGGGUGGUAUGACAAUAGAAGAACUGACGGAAAAUCAGAAGGCCAAGGAAGCAAAAGCAAGGGCCACGAUAUUAGAGAUCGUUGGCGAUAUACCAGACGCGGAUAUUGCCCCUCCCGAGAAUGUCUUGUUUGUAUGUAAAUUAAAUCCAGUCACGACCGAUGAUGAUCUCGAAAUUAUCUUCAGCCGUUUUGGCAAGAUUAUUGGUUGCGAAGUUAUAAGAGACCACCAAACGGGAGACUCCUUGCAGUACGCAUUCAUCGAGUUUGCCGAUCGUAAAAGUUGCGAAGACGCGUAUUUCAAAAUGGAUAAUGUCCUGAUCGACGAUCGAAGGAUACACGUGGAUUUCUCGCAGUCUGUUGCCAAAAUGCGUUGGCGAGGCAAGGGUAAAGGUAUCCGAUACUUUGACGAAGAUGAUAAGAAACGCGAUAACUAUUCCUUUUUGAAAAAACCUGAGACAUCACGCGAAAGGAACAAUGACAACGGUAAAGAUAGAGAAGACGGAAAGAGAAAGGAGAGCUCGCGCAAGGAUCAUAGAAAGUAUGAGCGCAGGAAAGAAGAUAAAGAUAAGAGAAAGGAAGACAGAUCUUACGAUAGAUACGAGAAUGAACGAAGGGAUAGAAGGAAGAAAGAGGAACGACGGGAUAGAGAUAAGGAGGAUCAGAGAAGAGACUACAGCGAAGACAGAUCAGAAAGGAGAAAUAGGAGGGAUGAGAACAACGACUGGAGAAGAGAUCACAGCGAAGAGAGAUUGGAACGAAGGAGUAAGAGGGACGAGUAUAGCGAUAGAGAACGUCGACAUCGUGAUAGCGAGAGAAAAAGGAAUGAAGAAGAUGAUACUAGGUAUAAAUCGCACAAGUAUAAAAAAAAACGGUGAAGGAAAAAACGAGAUGAUGUUGAUGAUGUUGAAGAAAAUUCAAGAACUUAAUAUUCCUAAAAUAUAUAUAUAUCAUUAUUGUGAAUAACGUGAAAACAUUAUGAAGAUAAUUUUAAUUUAAUCAAGGAAGAAUUUAAUAAAGACAAAACAUCAUUUUUUGAUAAAAUGAAUAUUUGUAAUUUACAUCUUUUUUGUAACGAUUCAUUUAUAGAAAAGAUGUUUCUUGCGAAUUAAAUUAUCUCUAUGACUACAAACGCGAUUUUUACACAAACAUAUAAAGGCACAUUGAUAGAUUUUAUUAUCCGAAAUGCAUAGAUAUUUGAAUUUAGGUAUAAAUCUUUUCUGUCGCAUCAUCAAAGUGAAUAAUGAAAUAAUUUUAGAGGAUCUGUAAUUCAAACCUUUUUUUUUACACCAAAAUUGUCAGCGUUCUUUCGAGUACAAAAUAUUCGAAAGCACGAUAUCCGCAGAGAUAUCGAUCGACGGAUGUGCUUUCUUUCUCGCAAAUCUCUGAACGACGGAAUCGAUAAGGCCACGGGAAAUUCUACGGAUUCUACUGAUACCAGCGCAGUAAUAAGUAAAGCUAUCGAAACCAUAGACUUCGUUCGUUAAAUAAGGCGCGAAGUCUCCCAUAAUUUCACGAUGAAAAGAAAUAGCACGGCUUGUCGCGGAGCAAACGGCCGUAUCAAAAAUAGAGAGCAAAGAAGAGGGGAUCCAGCGGCGAGAUACUGUUCGAACAUCGCCGUAGAUUCGAGGAGGAGUAUCGUUUCUCACAAAAGUCCGAGUCGAAAAUCUCGCUUCACCUCACAUGUGAAAUUAUUAUAGGAACGAUUCACAUUUCGCUUUUACACGUGGACACGUAGAUAAUAUAGCUACGCAGCCCGUAGUAGGAUGCCUUUUCUUUGGUGAUGUCGCAUUUGGUAUUCUUUUGCAUAUGGAAAGUACAUUAAUGCAUUCCGUCUACCUCGCGAUAUCGCUUUGCCCGUUUCUCCUCGCGUGGGAGAGACAGGAAGUAGGAAACACAUUGGAAACGAAGUCGAGAAGCAGUUCACC